CACCAAUACCUCUACGACACAAUCCAUCAAAAUGCAGCUCACCAAUAUCCUGGCCACGGCCAUUACCCUCUGUGCGUCUGGCGUCUUUGCCAGCACCAUCGAUAUUGCUUACACCUCCAACGGAGCCUACUAUACCCAAACGGUGCCGUCCAACAGCAUGACGGAACUGGGUCACCCAGGAAAUAUUACUACCUUCCAAGACACUGGCAACUGCUUCCUCUAUAAAUAUGUUGGCGGUGAAACUACCUAUGCCCCGGCGGGUGUCCACACCUUUGAUCCGGCUGUGUACACCGAGUAUGUUCUGUGUGAGACUGUGUGAGGCUGUUUCCAGAUCAGGGAGAGGGAUCUGAUUUAUAUGUCACUCAUGAUGAAUGGCAUGUUCACGGUCUAGAAUGCAUGUGUUGACCAAAGGGAGUGGGGGUAUAUAUGGGGGAAGAAUAAGCAAAUAUCAAUAGUCCUUAGAUCAACGUGGCCAUUGAUGGCUCCUUGUUGAUCUUGCCGCGCUAUCUGGUUUUAAGUUAUGCCCUUGUUGCAUGGAAAUAGAUUCCUUAUGCUAAUCGACCU